GCGCUUUCCAUUGGUCCGUUCCGCAGGUACUCACAGCAGGCCAGUUGAGCAUGCGCGGGAGGCGGCGACAAAGAGGCGGGAGGUGAGAGGCCGCGGGGCAGAUGAUUCACAGACGCCGACGGUGGUCCCACAAACGAACAUGAAAGCGCGAACGUUACCCGCCAAGCCCAGGAUGAAACGAUGAAAGCAGCCACUCGCCACUGUUUUCCGUCCCGCUCCGGACUGGUCUCUGCAGACGGCAGUUGGGACCCACGACGCAUGCGCUGCAAAUUCGGGGAUCGACCCUAAAUCAACAAAAAAAAACGCAAGGACCCAGGGAGCGUCUGUAAGUGGGAAAUUACCGAAUCAAAAAAAUACGCCAGUGAAUGAAGGGAAAUUCAAUGGAGGAUUUGCAAAUGCGACAAUCAAACCAGAGCCCGACUGUAACAUCACAGGGACAAGGACACACACAGAGUGAGAACAACCCAGUGCGCUCAGUGCACGUUAAUUAAUACAGCUAGAGUUAACAUUAAGGAGAGAUCGUGUACCUGUUUUGUUUGCAGACAAGUCUCCAAUUGAUCAUCCAACGUGGAGAGUCACGGGGGCACUCUGAUCAUGGAGGAUCAGUGUGAAUAUGAGUGUGGGAAAGUGUUCAAGUUCCCAACCCAGCUGGAAACUAGUGAGUACACUCACACCAAAGGGAGGCCGUUCACCUGCUCCGUGUGCGGGAAGGGAUACACGCGCUCGUCGCACCUGAUGGUGCAUCAGCGGAUUCAUACCGGGGAGAGGCCGUACAGGUGCACCGUGUGUGGGAAGGGAUUCACUGAAUCGUCCAAGCUAAAGGCGCAUCACCAGGUCCAUGCCGAUCAAAAGGCAUUCAAUUGCUCCAAUUGUGAAAAGAGUUUCAAAUGCUCACAGUACUUGCGAAAACACCAGCAGAUUCACUCCACGGAGAAGCCUUUCACCUGCUCCGUGUGUGGGAAAAGCUUCACCCACUCAUCCAAGCUGCAGGUCCACAAGCGAGUCCACACGGGUGAAUGGCCGUUCACCUGCUCUGUGUGCAGGAAAGGAUUCAACCAGUCAUCGCAACUGCUGACACACCAGCGGGUUCACACCGGGGAGAGGCCUUUCACGUGCUCUGUGUGUGGGAAGGGAUUCACUCGCUCCUUCCACCUUCUGGUGCACGAGCGGGUUCACACUGGCAAAAGACCGUACUCCUGCGCAAUGUGCGGGAAGCAGUUUGCUCAGUCCUCCCACCUGCUGAUCCACCAGCGGGUCCACACCGGGGAGCGGCCGUUCUCCUGCUCCGUGUGCGGGAAGGGGUUCACUCAAUCGUCCAGCCUGCUGACGCACCAGCGGGUUCACACCGGGGAGAAGCCGUUCACCUGCCCUGCCUGCGGUAAGGGCUUCACCUCUUCGUCCAGCCUCUUGGUCCAUCGCAGGGUUCACACCGGCGAGCGGCCCUUCCCCUGCUCCGUCUGCGGCAAGGGAUUCAUCUCCUCAUCCAUCCUGCUGCGACACCAGCGGGUUCACACCGGAGAGGGACUGCACUCCUGCGCAGUGUGCGGGAAAGGAUUCACCUGCUUGUCCAGUCUGCUGGUGCACCGGCGGAUUCACUCGGGGGAGAGGCCCUUCUCUUGCAGCGUGUGCGGGAAAGGAUUCACUCGAUUGUCCAACCUGCAGUCACAUCAUGGAACUCAUCAACGCACUCACAGCAAGGAGAAGAGGUUCACCUGCCCCAUGUGUGGGAAACAGUUCAAUCAGUUAUCUGACCUCCUGCGACACGAGCGAGUUCACACCGGAGAGAGGCCAUUCACCUGUACAAUGUGCGGGAAGGGCUUCACUCAGUCGUCCAACUUGGUGGCACACCAGCGACUUCACACUGGAGAGAGGCCUUUCAACUGCUCCCUCUGCGGGAAGGGGUUUGCAUACUCCUCCAACCUGCUGCGGCACCAACGAGAUCACAUUGGCGACAGGCCGUUCACUUGCUCGGUGUGCGGGAAGGCUUUCAUCCAGUCGUCCGACCUCCUGAUUCACCAGCGGGUCCAUACCGGGGAGAGGCCAUUCACCUGCUCGGUGUGCGGGAAGCAGUACACUCGUUCGUCCAACCUCAUGACGCACCAGCGAUCUCACACGGGGGAGAGACCAUUCUCCUGCUUUGUUUGCGGGAAGGGAUUUGCGCAGCUCUCUCAUUUAAAGUCACACCAGCGAGUUCACGCCGAACGCAAAACCUUUGACUGUUCGAAUUGCGAGAAGAGCUGCAGAAGCCCAGAGGAUCUGCUGAGGCACCAGCGAGCCCACACUCAACAGAGGUUGUACCCCUGCUCCGAGUGCGGGAAGGGAUUCACUCAGUCGUCACACCUGCUCAAGCACCAGCGAGUGCACACCGGGGAAAGGCCGUUCACCUGCUCCAUGUGCGGGAAGGGAUUCAAAUGUUCCUCCAACCUGCUGAUGCAUCAGCGGAUUCACACGGGGGAGAGACCGUUCACCUGCUCGAUGUGCGGGAAGGGAUUUGCCCAGUCGUCCAGUCUGCUGACGCACCAACGGGUUCACACCGGAGAGAAACCCUUCUCCUGCUCUGUGUGUGGGAAGGGGUUCACUUGUUCAUCCAACUUGCUGGUGCACCAGCGGGUUCACACCGGGGAGAGGCCCUUCUCCUGUUCACUUUGUGGGAAGGGUUUCACUCAGUCGUCCCACCUGCUGAUGCACCGGCGAGUUCACACUGGGGAAAGGCCCUUCUCCUGCUCGGUGUGUGGGAAGGGUUUUGCCCGUUUAUGCAAUCUGCAGACACACCAGCGAGUUCAUAAAUGAUUGGUGGAUUUGAAAGACAUUAAGUGCUGGAAUAACUCAGCGGGUCAGGCAGCAUAUCUGGAGAACAUGAAUAGAUGGCGCUUCGGUUCAGGACCCUUCCUCCCACUUCACCUCUCCAUGUUCUCCAGAGAUGCUGCCUGACCCGCUGAGUUACGGCAGCAUUGUGUGUCUUUCUUUGGUAAACCAGCAUCUGCAGUUCUAUGCUGUCACAUUGGUGGAUUUGAGUUUGUCUUAUAAUAUGGUGAUGUAUCCCUUAUCCUUCUGACAGGGAGGAUUUGAUUCUGUUAUGUGAAACCAUGAAGAGGUUUACUCCUAUGUACAUCUCAAAUAAAUCAAUUUUCCUUUCAUGA